AGCCGCCGCCGUAAGGUCGUUGCCGAGGCGGGGCCGGCGCGUCGCGUCGCGUCGCUUCGCUUCGCUGGGGCCGGGCCCGGGGUGGUGGAGACCGGGCCGCGCCGGGCGGUAUGAUCGGCACCGUGCUCUGCUACGUGCUGCUGCCGGCGGCGCGGCUUCUCCGGGCCCUCCGAGAUGCUUUCUUUACCUGUCGAAAGAAUGUGCUUCUGGCGAAGAGCACGUCCACCCAGAUAGAAGGCGUCUUUGCUGCAACCAGAGGAAGGUCGGUCCCAGAAGAGCAAGAAGCCCUUCUCCAGCAGUGGCUGGAGGAAGGAGCAGGGAAUUUGCCAGACAGCGAGAGUGUUCCAACAGUGGGGAAAGUAUCCGUUACACUUACUAGUGACUGGUUAGAAGGUUCAGAGCUAUUGAUGACUAGCCUCAGUGACCUGAGUUCGGCUCCAGAAGUCACCCGGUGUGCUGGUCAGCAGCUCACAGAGCUACACGCCUUGGCUUCUUCAGAACCACAAGAUCAUGCAGUGACUGAACUGGCAAAAUUACCAGUAGAGGAAACAGUGGCUGUAGCAGGCAGUGCCCCUUGGGCAGCUGUGGUGCCACAGACAGAUCACCAGAUAGCUGGCUGUGCUGCUAUCGAUUUAGGAGUGCAGAACGAAGACCCAGCUGUGGUGGCCUGGAGUUUAGCCUGUGAUGCAGAAGCAGUGCCAACGGAACCCCCAGCCUGGCCCGUUCAGGAUGCGGUACAAUUUUGUCCUCUCCCAGCAGAGGUACCCUACCAUGAGGUCUUCUGGAGAGACUGGGAGGAUCUUUCUGUCCAGCCCUGUAUGCUAGAGCAGGUCUCGAAAAACACUCCUCUCUUUGAAUUUCGAGUCAUGUCUUACAACAUCCUUGCCCAGGACCUGGUGGAGCAGGGCCUUGAUCUCUAUCUGCACUGUCAUCCAGACAUCCUGAACUGGAACUACCGCCUUCCAAACCUUUUGCAGGAGAUCCAGCACUGGGAUCCUGAUGUUCUGUGUCUCCAGGAGGUGCAAGAGAACCAUUACUGGGAGCAGCUGGAACCAACGUUCAAGGAGAUGGGCUUUGCGUGCUUCUAUAAACGGAGAACUGGGACGAAGACAGAUGGCUGUGCAGUGUGCUAUAAGCACAGCAGGUUCCAGCUGAUCACCCUCAGCCCUGUAGAAUACUUCCGGCCUGGCCUGGAUGUCCUCAAUCGGGAUAAUGUAGGCUUGGUGCUACUGCUACAGCCUCUGCUUCCAGAGGGCCUGGAUCGGAAGGCAGUCAGUCCUCUGUGUGUGGCCAACACUCAUGUCUUGUUCAAUCCCCGGCGGGGAGAUAUCAAACUGGCCCAGAUGGCCUUGCUCCUAGCAGAGAUCGACAAGAUUGCAAAAACUACUAAAGGCAGCUACUAUCCUAUCAUCUUGUGUGGAGACCUGAACUCUGUACCUGAUUCUCCUCUCUACAAAUUCAUCCGGAAUGGUGAACUUUCCUACCAUGGGAUGCCAGCCUGGAAGGUGUCUGGUCAGGAAGACUUUUCCCAACAGUUGUAUUCACGGAAACUGCUGGCCCCACUGUGGCCAAGCUCACUGGGUGUAACGGACAACUGCCAGUAUAUCACCCUGUGCCAGCCAAAAAAACCAGGCAGACGUAAGUACAGCCGGGACUUCCUGCUCCAGUUUCGUUUUUGCGAUGUUGCCUGUGAGCGACCACCGCAGCUGGUCCUCUUGGAAGGUGUGACAGAUGCUAAACCAGACUGCCCUGCACACUGGCCGAAGCCUGCUGCUGUGGUGAAAGACCCUGAUCCCCAGCCAUUUGUCCCAAGGUCUUCAGGCGUUAUCCAGCAUGGCCUCAACCUGACCUCUGUCUACAGCCACUUCCUGCCACAGAGGGGACGCCCAGAGGUCACAACGAUGCCCAUGGGGCUUGGAGCCACUGUGGAUUAUAUCUUCUACUCAGCAGAGCCGGUGCAGAAUGGGAACAAGGGGGGUCGAAGGCUGUACCAGGAUGGAGCCCUGAAGCUGCUUGGCCGCCUUUCCCUUCUCUCUGAAGACGUUCUGUUGCUGGCAAAUGGCUUACCAAAUCAUUUUUGUUCAUCUGAUCAUCUCUGCCUGCUGGCUAGCUUUGGCUUGGAGAUCUCCAGCCUCAGAGAGGGGGAUAACUGCAGCCCCGUCAGCAGCUGAGAAAAUAUGUCUAAGGAAAGAGAAGGGUCCUGUCCACAGCACAAAUAUAAUGGAGAAGACAUGAAUUUGGUGUGACUGACAGGCUUGGAGAAACAGCCCAGCAUUUUCCUUCUGAAGAGUAACUCGUGCCUUGCACACACUCCUCUGAUACCAGACUGCAGCUUUUCAUGGCAGUUUGUUUUUUAGCAUUUCAGUUCCUCCUCAGACUUCCCCGAAUUAGCUACCCCCAGCUAAGAAAGGGUGAGUCAGAACCAGAUCUUCCCUUGGGCCUUCUACUCUGCUGUGCACAACUGCCUCUGCUGGCCAUGGUUUUGUAGCCAGCAGCGCUGCUUAGCCGCUCAUUACCCUCUACAUGUAUUUCUGCGGCCACUCAUUUCCAUACCUCCUUCUUCUGGCCUGGGUUGGCACAAGUGACUAGUGAACCAGGUCAGGCACCUGAACCAGCUGAAAGCUGAACCAGUGAGCAUGGGUAGUUUUCAGUCAGAUCAGUUCCCUGUCCUGGUUGGCCACAUGGUCGCACUCUGCUUGUGCCUGCACAGCACAGGGGCCAGAGACUGCUUAACCUUGAGACAUGGGCUGUUGCUGCCUCUGGGAACUGUAAUCUGUGUUUUUCAGUCUAGCUCCAAACACCAUUAGCAAGUAAACACUGAACUAAACUAGUCUCGAUCCAUUUUCUCUCAUGUGUUUUGAUCUUUCUUUCUUUUUUUUUUUUUUUUUUUGAAAACUAAGUAGCACUAUUUGGCCAUUGGUACCCAUUUUCCUAGCACCUCUUGGAGGCGCCAGUUGUCAUCGCCAGGCCUCAUUUCCGUACCCUGCUUGGAGCAGGCAAGAGGCACCGGCUGGCUCACUUGCAGGAGACAGCACAGGAACGGCAGGAGCAGCUGUGAAACUGGGUUUGUUCAGCUGCAGCAGGAGCAGGGAAGGCUCCAGAGAGCGGCACAGGGAUGGAGCCAUCUCUGGAACUGCACAAGCUGAGUCAGUUUGGAUGCUGUGAGCUGACACACUGAGUCAUAGGAAAUCAUUUCCAGGCAGAAACAAUGAAAGAGGUAACAACCAGGACAGGCUGACUAUUUAACUUUGUUUAAUUUCUUCAGCAUAGAGACUUUCAUGCUUUUUGAGUGGAGACAGACAGAGUAAGUGCAUGUUGACAGUGCAGACUGAUGAUUCUGGGUAGUUACUCCUCCUUUUACUAGUACAGACCCCCACAUCCCCUUUUCCUCAAAGGACCCUGCAACACUGAGACAGCGUAAUGGCAACGAGUUCAGCAGGGGACUAGUUAAUGCAGAAGAGCCUCCUGCACCUCAAGUAAUUAAACUGAUGAAAGUACAGUGUGCUCUCUCUUUCUCAGAUCUGGGCCUACAGCCCAGACUGGGCUACAGUUUCUUUUGCAUCAGGUCUAUAGCAUUUUAAUGGGGUAAUAGAAGCAGGAGGAGAGGAAUAAGGUCUCCAUCCCUCAAUCCCACACUGACAGGAUGGGAGACUCUUAACGCUUUGUUCUUACCCAGCAUCAUCCACUGCACAUCUCAGAAGGGCUAUAAAUAUUAGGCAGCCUUCACAAUCCUCCAGAAAGCAGAGAAGAAUUUAUUUGUAACAGAAAAGAUAGGAAAUCAGCUCUAUUUUGCUUUCCCUUUAGUUAUUCUGAAAGCUGGAGAGAGGGCUAGGAAGAGAGCCCAGAGUUCCCAGAGCACAUCCCUCUGCCAGGCUUAGCAGACUGACUGAACACGUCCUUGGUCCCUCAUCACUUGUGUGGAGGGAUUGCAUCACCCCACUCCUACAUUCAUGCACCCCGGCAGGCUGGCUACAUGCACGGGAUUGGGAUUCUGCUUUUAGAAAGGGGAUUCCAAGAACAACAGAGAUUUUCAUGUACUAAGUGGGAUAUGCUGUACAUGAGACAAGACAGAUGGGAUGGAGGCACAGGCAAAGCUCCACCCUUAUCCAUAUCACAGAGGUGCUUUUUUGGCCAGCCUAGUUUCACAGCAGUUUCUUUUAUGGUGCUUGCAUGUAUCCAAGCCCCUCCCUAAUCUUCCUUUUGCAAGCAACAUGGGAGCGAUACCAAUCCCAGUUGUUAGCCUGACUAAAGAAACUCAAUAUAUGAACCCAUUAGAUGCAACUCUUCCUGUCUUUGCCCUCAUAACCACCUCAAUUAAAAUCCAUCAUUUUUUAAUGAGGCAAACACACAUAACUUUUCAUUUCCAGUGUGCACCCAUUUGAUGGUCCCAGCAGCUCCGAGCAAAGCAAUACCUCACCCUGUUGCUAGAAAGGAAACAGCCUACAGGAGGGUGGCACUCUCAAGCCUAGCUUGCAUGGCCCAUCAGCUGUGUCCUGCCAGCGUGGCACGGCUCGCUCGAUGCCACCUCACCCCCAAAUCUAUGGGAAAGAAACAGAGACCAGAGGAAACCUGCAAGCUCUCACACCCCAGUGAAAGACACAGCCUCUGCAGCUGAUCUGUGAACUUAUUUAUAAAGUCUGAUCACAGCCUCCUGCAGUCAUCGUUUUAUGGUAUUAAGUUUAGUUUAUGGACAACUCUUCUGAGAGUUGUUUCUCCCAAAACCAGCUACUGUUGACAGCCAAAAAUCUGGGAGCAGGCAAACCACUGACCCAUUCCCAACAAAUAAAAAGGCCUAUUCACCCUCCAGCACAUGGAGAGUACCUGGCUUUUCAAAGGAGCUAGCCCUGCAGAGUACACUCAUUGCCCUAAUUCUCAUCUGUUGCACCAGCUAUUCAGAGAAACUUGAUGGCACAGAGAUACGUGGUGAUGUAAGCAGCCCUCAAGAUACAAACACAUCCCUGGAGGGGAGAAGGAGCUAGGGAAACAGAGCCCAUCCAUCCUUGCUGCUUCCUGCAGCCCAGCAUCCUCUCGGCUGGGUGCCUGGUGAGCUUGGAAAUGGUAUCUCAGAUUGUAGAGGGCCGAAGGGAGUUUAUAGAUCUGGUUCCCAGGGGUGCUAGCAAACACCAAAAAGAACGGAUAGUCCAAUUUCACCUGUUAUUGCUAGGGGAGCUCAUACUGCUUGUGUCCCCUAACAGUAACCCUCUAGCACCAUGACCAUAAAGUAGGAACAGUGGAAGUACUUUGCAUUAAGACAAAAAACAGAGAUUGAACACUGUAUUUCUCUCCCCUCGUGGACCAGACUCUUGUUUGUGAACUUCUUUCUUCCACUUC